AGCAACGCCCAUGAUUGAUCUUUAUUUCUCUCCCCCACCGGUGUUGUCUUGGUUAAUUAUUUGCUUCUCUUUCCCCCUUCAAGUUCAACUUUCAUUCCUAUUUUCAACGACCGUUGUAGAAGCCCUAUCAUUUCUAUUCAAAAUACGAGUAUACUGAAACUAUUAAAAAGAAAAACGACUCAUAAAAAUCUGGACGAAGAACACACUGAAACUUUGUCAACUACAGUCCCAUCGCAUUGAAUAAAUUUUGUUUCCGAAGAAGUACUUCUACACCCUUGCUUUGUCAUCAAAUUGAAGAAGGAGCGCGACCGCGUUGCUCUUUACUUGCACAACUAAGUCAUUGAAGUUUUCCGUCAAAAAAACUUGGUGGAAGCGCAACUACGUGGUCUCUGCUCUCCCUGAAAGGCGAAGAACGUGAUCUGCUGCCUCCUGCUGGAGAAUUAUUGCAUCUGCUGCACUGUGUCACGUCGCGGAGCCGAGUCAAUACCUAUCUGUACGCAGAAGUACCAGCAGACGGCAUUUUUGUGACUGCAGUUGUCAGGAACAUAUGCAUUGCAAAAAUGUCUGGGUCUGGAAGAGUGCAUGUUUGUCAUGCUUGUCUGGCAUGACUCUUAAAUCUGUCUUGCACGUUACCCAAGACCUCGACUUUUCUGUGAUGCAGAAACGCGGUUUGUCAUGCAGAAUAGGCAACACCUAUAAGCUCAGAAACUUGUCAUGCUGAGGCAGCACUUGUGGCCUCAUCAUGAGACGCCACCCAGCAUCACAAGUUUCCAGACCCAGACAUUUUUACAUUUGAUAGAACAGGAGCAGGAACGAAUCAAAUCUUCGCGCUCGUGCGUAUGGCGUUCUCAAAUGUUACAUUCUCAACUGUUACAUGAUUUGUCAUGCAAAAUGAGCAUCAACGUCCACACAGUGAAGCUACCUCGCGUGACAAAUUCUGGAAGGGCUAAACAGCAUGGGAAUCUGUGCCGGAUUUGUAAUGCAAGAGUUGCAAGAUCCGGCCUUUCCCUGUUGCCAACAUUCUUGCAUCACAAAUUCAUGUAACAGUUGAGAAUGUAACAGUUGAGAGCGCCAUAGUGCGUCGUAAAGUUGAACCGCAACCGACGCGGAAGGCCACUGGCGCGGCUGCUGCGAGGUAAGGGUAUUUUUCUGUGGAUGUAGUAGUAACUAGACUGGGAUUUCGGUUUUUUUUGCUUUGGGCUACAACAGUGCCCACGGGGGCACGAGCACGUUCUAGAUACUUACCUUUACAACCAAGCCCUUUAGUUACCGGAGCCGCUUGUCAAGAACAAGUGGCAUACGGACGACAAGUUCGUCGUGCGCAGCUGUGGCCCUGCAUGAUUCUUGACACAGAAACUCUACGAGCGCCUGGAUUACUAGUGGGUCGUGACGAGAGAAACGCUCACUUAAAUAAAGCACGACGUUGACGAAGAAAGAAAACUUCAUGAAAAUACAUGGUAAAAAAGCCUGCUUGCAAAUAGAACGAAACUAUUACUAUCCUAGUGUGCAUUCUGUCUCUACUUGCGCAUUUGCGCUUGCAAAUGAGCGUAAUAAUCACCAGGGAGGAUGUCCUCCUAAUAAAUUUUGUUUCACUUCGAAUUUGUUAUUUUAACUCACGACAGGACAAGCCACAACAUGGCUACGUCGUGUGCAGCCGCCACCGCCAUCAUGAAAAAAACUGGCGCGAAACUCCUCUACUUAUGGGCGGCCUUGGGAGGUGGACCAGGUCGGCUGUACUUGUCGGGAAUGGAUGGAAACUUCUGCACGGGGAGUGCGCAACAAGCGGGGGGUGUUGGUGACAAGAACAUCCAGUACGAUCCGCUGCUCAACAGCCUGAUCUUCUUGACGGGCACAGGAACAAACUAUAUGCCGCUUUUUGUGGAAGCGGUCAGCAAGAAAAAGGACAUUGAUGUUGAUGUGGAUGACCUCCGGAUGCAAAGUUUUGUCUCCGAAGACGAAGAAGAGGGCGAUCCCGGUUCUUCGCCAGUGUCGAUGACCUCGCAGUCGAUGGAGACUUCUCGAGUUCUUGCACCAGCCUCCUCGUCGGACGACAUGCUGUCGGGACAUGAUGAAGAGGUUGCGGAAGAUGUACUUGCCGUUCUCGUAUCAAACGCAAAAAUGUCUGGGUCUGGGAGCUUCUGAGACUUGUCAUGCACGUUUUGCAUGAGCCAUGAUGUCUAUGAUGCAUGCCGUAGCAUGACAGAUUUUUCGAGGGGUUCUCUAUGCCUAUUUCGCAUGACAAAUAACCUAUCCGCGUAGCAAAAAUUACACUCCCUUUGCUACUCAUGCAAUAAAAACGUUUUUGGAAUCCAAAUGCAGCAUCACAAGUUGCAUUCUUCCAGACCCAGACACUUUUACAUUUCAUAUCUCGAGGGAACUGCCACUGAGCAGACGCAGACCAAGGUGGAUCAUGACGAUCUUGGUGCCGGCGUUGUACGUCGUCCAUUGUCGGCAGCAGCGUCUCGCUCUCGCAACAACAACAAAAACUCGUCCCCGCCUACUACAACUUCAUCCUCGCCCGAUGAAACAACGACCGAAACGACCCGGCGUCGCCCUGCCGGCUUUCUGGAGCGCCAGGCUGGGGGCGAGCCCUCGGCGCUGUUCGCCGCUACGCUGUAUUAAAUGCAAAAAUGUCUGGGUCGGGAAGGUUGGAACUUGUGAUGCUAACUUAGGACUGUAAAAAAAUCUGUAUUGCAUGACCAGCAAGAGGUGGAGUCUAGUUAGUGCUACGCGGGAAGGGCGUUUGUCAUGCGGAGUAGGCACCAGGAAGCCUUCUGAAAAUCUGUGAUGCUAGGGCGUGCGUUACAGGCGUCCUGGGUCAUGCAAAACAUGCAUGACAAGGAAGUCUCAGAAUCUUCCAGACCCAGACACUUUUGCAUUUGAUACGCUGUCCGCGUGGGAGGCCGGGGCCGAGGUGGUGCGCCGCGCCUCCGCCGGCUGGACGACGGGUCGUGGUGGCGGCCACUUUGGCAUUUCCGCCAAAGGGGAUGGGGAAGAAGAGCAUGUCCCCGCUAGUACAACUCCUGCUGUAUCAACAGCGGCGGAGAUCAUGAAAGGAGCCGCGGGAGAGGACGAAAACGAAGCGGGGCACCGCCGUCCUGAAGACGACCAAUUGCUGCCAGGAGCGCCGUUGUUCUUGGAGGGCCCUGCGGAGGACGAGGCUUCCCUCGCGGAGGAAGGGUCUGCAGCGGCGAUGGCGCUGUCGUUUGUGGAGCAGGAGGCUGCGAAAGAGGUGGACGUGGAACAGCAGCGAGGGGAGGUUUCGACGAUUCUCUACCACAUGACCUUCGUUGCUGAGGCGACGUUGCGCGAGGUGAAGCUCGAACACACGUUCCCGCCCGCUACAGAAGUGGUUGAUUUUUUGCAAUCGCGGGCGAGACGGCUGAAAGAGUUUUUCAAUUGGGGUAUCCUGAGUAAAAACAUCCCCAAGAACUCAGAGUUGCCAUGUAAAUCUGCAAGUCUAAUGCUAAUUUUCAUGCGUAGCCCUAUGAGGGCCGUUAAACGGCCCUCAUAGUGCUCCGUUUACAUUUUCUAUACAGCCAUAUAGAAAAUGUAAACGGCCGCCGUUUACAUUUUCUAUAAUAUAGAAAAUGUAAACGGCGUGAUUAAGAAAUAUGCCUUAAGACGGCUAUAUGCUGUCUGACAGUUUGUGAUGCUGAGAUCAGGAUAAGAUGAUCGAUUUGUGAUGCGAUGUCAGUGUCACAGACUAAACAGGAUCACACUACGAGCCAAGAACCUUGUCAUGUGCAGCAACACACAAAGGUUGUGCGUUUGUGUAGCAAAGUGCCGACUUUGACUCUAGGGCGGGGAGGUUUUUCCUCUUGAUAUGGGACUUCUGUUUGGUUCGUCAAUCAGCCUGUCCGGCAGCGGCGUUUGGAGAAACCGCCCGCGGAAUCGGGCACCAGAUCAUUGUGAAGAACAGUGAAAUGCUAAGUACCGCCCUCGUGGUUCUGUGGGAGGCGCUUGGGCUGGAUAAGAUGAUGUUUCGUAUGUCGAAAAUCGUAGACGCAAAAACGGUGAAGGAGUUGUGGAAAGAUGAUGUCCGUCGGUUAGAAUCCGACCUUGAGUAUCCAUUGCAAUAGUGUCUGGGUCUGGAAAUGAAGUGGAACUUGUGUUGCAUGUCUUGCAUUCCUGAAAAAUCUGUGUUGCACAUCAGCCAGCAGAAAACAAGUGGCCACCUUUUCUUCACGCAAAAACGAGGAAGUUUGUCAUGCGUGCUCCACACGACCAUUUCCAUUAGAAGGCGUAAAGUAAACUUGUCAUGCUUGGCUGUACUUGACGAGGGCCGCGCCACACUCAUCCAUAGUACGUUAGCAUCUUCACAGGUUUAUUCCAGACGUAGAAAUAUUUGAAUGUGAUAAUGAGAACGUUGUGGCGAUUUUGAAAAAUUUUCCGGAGGUUCUGCGGAUGGACGACUCGGACGAGGUGGAUCGAAAGCGCGAGUUUAAGUCGCUUGAAAACCUGGUUCGACUGGCUACUCACGAUCUCAAGCAUAUGGAAGUAUCAGGACCGAAAUCGACAAAGUCGAAAAAUUUGCAAAAUGCAUAAAAUGUAGGGCAUGUGAGUGUGGCCUGUGCUGGGGAGCAGACAAAUGAGACCGACUGCAAGCCUGUCUAAGGGGGACGAUGCGCUGCCAGAGUUGCAAGACAGGAGCAGUCUUCUUUGCCUCAACAGCUUGACAGACUGGAUUUGAUUCGUGUUCUCGAAAUUCGUCAUGCGCCACUCAGAAACUGAGGCUCUAAGCGGUAUCGAUUUGAUGCAUCACUACAAAGUAUUUCGGUUUUGUUGAUUUCGAUCCUGACGCUUCCAUAGGGCAGGUCCUGACGUUGGAGCAAGAAACGCUCAUCGGACGACCUGCUGAAGAAACGAAGGAGCACGGCCAGCGACUUGAAAGGGCGCGAAGGGACGCCAAGUCGAGGUGGCAGAUACUCGUGCCGCGACUGAAACACGAACAGGGCGCACUCAGGGCUGAAACUGCACGAGGGGGCGCCUCCGUGACUGUGCGACUGGCUUUUGCAAUGGAAAAAGUGGUGGAGAGUUGUAAAGGCGCAGGGAGGCUCGAGCAAAAGGAAACAAAGGAGAAGCUUCUGUCGGCCGCGGAGGCUCUCCUGCGGGAGUUCCAGUUGGCCUUUCACCAAGAAGCACUUGGGGAAGAUAUCCGCCUCAGCGCGGGCGAAACUAGCAUUCUGCAAGUGGCUAUCGAACGCGCGAUGACGGACCUGGAGGAAGAGGUGACCCAUGUCGACGGCUUGUUUGGGAAAGCAGUGUCACCGGGAGUACCACAGCCGACAGCGGCAGAGGUGAAGCUCAACGGCGUGCAAGUCUUGAUGCGGCUGAGGGAAGCCUUGGAAGGCUUUGCGCAGAUGGACGCGCGGUUGUGGGGGAACGUGUCUGAGGUCAAAGGAAAGUUAGCUGUGGUGGCAGAAAUGACCAGCGUUGUCAGUGCGUGUGCUAGCCAACUGGACGCGUUUCGCGGAGGCAGCGCGGAGUCGAAAAAACAACUGGAGCAGGCGCUACGAACAUGCGGCAGAAAUGCGGGGGACCAGUUUCACAAUGCCAGCAUCCACACGGUCUUGGAAGCGGGCCUUCGCAGUGCAAUCUACGACAUCAAACAGUCGUACCGUCAGCUCCCGCUUCCACGUUUCGGUGAGGCUGCAUACGAUCCGUCAGCACCCGCGCAUGAUGAAGUUGCCUAUGAUCUGCAAAAGUAUCGUACUAGUAGUACUCCUCGCAUUUUUACAUAUUUGCGCAGCAUGACGAAUGGAAUUGGUCAUGCUCAUUGAUGACCUUGAGAAAGAGAUUGGUCAUGCAUCAUUGCAGCGAUGAUUUUACAUUAGGAUUACUACGAGUGCGAUACAACUUUUUCACAGGAUAAUCAUAUUGCCCCAGGUGUAGCACUUUCUUCUGGCGGGGCAGGAGGUGCACGACCUCCACCAGCAGGUUCUUCCGCAGUACGACCUGCAGCUCCUGCUACGGUAGUUGUACCGACAGGCAGCGCGACUCCUCCACCGGGAAGUGCGGUCUCCAGUGCUCCGAGCGUUCCACCCGCUCCCGCCGCCUCCGGUUUCAGCGCUCCAGACGGUCCGACUCCCCCCGUCGCGUCCAGCGUUCCAAGCGCUCCCAUCGCUUCGAUCGCCCCCGCCGACGGUGCAGCAGCCGCAGCUGCUGCUGGAGGACUACUUCCUGCGGUUGGAGAUGAGCCCACUACCGAGCAGUGGGUACUCCAGGAGCUUAUUCCCCUUAUGUUCAAGCUAUCAAAUCCGAACCACAAACAGCAUGUCUAUUCUUACUUACAUUUGAGUCAGGGCCAGGGAGGUCAACAUCAACAUUGUAGCAAGGUUUCAUUUCGCGGAGCUCAGCGAAAGUUUUGGGGAAUAAAGACGCUGGGUCAUGAUCCAAAUCAAGCACUCGCGAUCAUAGUGUGUGUGCGAGUUUCUUCUCCCAACUGCACUGUUAAAAAAAAAUUCGGCCCACGAAGAAGUACAAAAUGCAAUGGUUAGUAGAUUUUUUGUAUAUGUUGACCCACACAUAAAUCACGAGAAGAACAGGCAUCUGAGCGAAUGAUUUCAUAUCCUGUGCAAAAGUAUCGUACUCGUCUAAAUGCAAGCCUUGCAUUACAGAUCUUGUUCCCAAGACAAAUCUGCAUCACAAAUUUUAUCUCAUGCUGAAAAAAUUUGUAAUGCAUUUAUACGAGUACGAUACUUUUGCAGUUCAUAUUUCAAACGCAUACCCAAUGAACGACGACAUCCUGGAUUUGUUUUCGCGUCGGCAGCACGGCGAGACCGUGACCGAUAUCCAUCGCAAAGGUGUUGCGUGGCGCGUGUGAAGAAAAUAUAAGACUUGCGUCGCGCAUAUUCUUCUGAUUUUCGUCCGACAGGUUGGAAAGCAUGCGACAAGACUUGCAUGUAGCAUUGCGUAGUACAGCGACGGGUACAGGUAAUAGAGAAGAUGUAUAGCAAUUAAAAUUAUGUCGGCCCGUGACCCCUGCGCGGAAUCCGAUUCCGAAAUCUUGUGGUCCUUCGUACGACCACUGCGCCACUUUUGCACAGGACACUCUCUGAACAAGUCACGAAUGCGCUGAACGUAUCCUGAGUAAAAACGUACCCACACCAGAGUCAGGAUGGGGAUUUUGCAACACAAGCCUAGGAGUUUUGUGAGUCACGCAUGACAAGUUUCAGUCCGUAAGGUAGUGCACGUUAGCAAGGAAAGCCGCAUCGCAAAUCGAUCUGCUGAUCCUGUUUACAGCAUUACAAGUUCCCAAACACGAUUCAAAAUGCCUGUCAUGGGGUUGCGCAUCACAAAUGUUCCUGUCAUGGCAAAGUCGCGUGACAACUCUGGUGUGGGUACGUUUUUACUCAGGAUAGAACGAGCUGGACCGCCUUUGCAACGAAGUCCGGACUACUCUUGGUGAAGCAACUGACCUCGUUAUCCUGAGUAAAAACGUACCCACACCAUAGUCAAGAUGGGGAAUCGGCUAGACAAAUCCACAAGUUUUGACUGUUUUGCAUGACAAAUUUGGACUCGUAGUGUAGUGCUGUUUGAGCUAGCUCAGCAGCAUCACAGAUCUAGCCUACCAUGCUGAUUGGAGCAUGAUAAAUUGCAAAACACGACUAGAAAAUGCUUCUCAUGGGGCUCCGCAUGAGAAACAUUUUCAGCAUGCAGAUUUGCAUUACAACUCUGGCGUGGGUACGUUUUUACUCAGGAUACUCGUUUUUGGUGGUAUCUCGGGUGAUUUAUGCAAUUCUCAAACGUUAGCGUUACAGUGAUCGCUGCUACAAGGUUUGUCGUGCAGGAAAGUAGGCACUACUAGUAUCACCCCACACAGACCGUGGCAAGUUCUCGGCGAACUAAAUAGCAUUGGAAUGAUCCUUGCGGCCAAAUCUGUAUACAUGCAGGACCAAGACGCGCAAGAAGUUCCCUCCUAUCCCUUCUUUCGCUUUUGCUAGUCUUGCAGGAGUAGCAGCGACCAGUGCAUUAACGCCUGGGAACCCCAUAUGAUUGGCGCGAUUUUAUCCUUGAGGAGUUAGGGGUUAGAGUGGCAUUGGACAGCCUGCAAGGCGUAUCGUGCGAAAAAACUGUUUUACGGUGGUCGAAUAUUUUGUUAGAUUCGCGUGGCAAAUUGGCUUCGUCGCAUGGCAAAUUUUUGUAGCGGAUUCCGCACGACGUGGUCCCGAAGCGUACUAUUGAUUGAUUGAUGACAAGGAAGCUUUUGCCAUGCGUGGUGGAAAAAAACACCACGAGCAUUGGAACUUGAUAAAAUGUGCGACUUUUUCUUGCAGCAUAGUGUUUCUACCAAGACAAGCGCUUCUGUUUUGCAUCAUCUGCAUCAGAAGAUCACAGUGAAGAUGCAGUUUUUCGUUACGAUAAGGCGACAUCCGCACAACCAUCGAACGCUGUGCGACGAAUCAUUUCGCAAAACACGAACUCGAAGCCGUGCGGGAGGGGCUCCAGAAGUGUGCUUGGCUCGGGGGCGAUCGCACCGUCUGCCCGAUUGUUACCUUUUUGCAAGUGAAGCUGUACGGGACCAUUUUUGAAAUCGGGAAGGCGUUCCAUGAAGUCGCAAACGCCCGAAGCGGCCCCGCGGCAGAUGAAGUUCCACCAGCCCCCGUCGUGACGGUGGACAUGAUCCGGUUCGAGAUCCUUCCUGGCAUGUGGGCUGUGGAGAAAAACAUCCUGGACUUGUUUACGCGCCGCCAAAAAAACGAGGUUGUGAGUGCAGACGGCGUCAAGGAUGCGUUGAGCGAGCUGACAGGCCUGUGCGACAGGUUCGAGGCCGGUCUUCGCAACGUGUUUGAAAUAACGUCUCUGAACGCCUUGAAAGUUUCUCUAAAGAUUAGAAACAGGUUGCGCGAUUUGAAAGGCGAGAUCAGCUCUGGAAUCCGGAACUGUGCAACGCAAAAUUUCGGGAAGCCUCCCGGCGAAUACGAAGACGUGAGAAGAGGUCUCCAAAACUGCGCGCCACCGCACGGAUCGGGAAAAAGUCCAGGCCCGAUUGUCACGUAUCUGAACGUGAAAUAUCCUGUGCAAAAGUAUCGUACUCGUAUUGCAAUCAUGCAUUACAAAUCUUUUUCUUGAGGUAAAUCAGCAUUACAAAUUUCAUUCCUCUUGCUGAGGAAAUUUGUAAUGCAUGUAUAUGAGUGCGAUACUUUUGCAGCUCAUAUGAAACUGCGCGGCACCAUUCAUGACAUCCAGCAGAUCUUCAACGAAGCUCUUUACAAGCUGAACGAAGAGGAGGUCGCUGCGGCAGCAGCAGCAGUGGCUCCUGCAUCUCCGGCUGCAACGCCAGUCGUGCCUGUUGUACAACCUGCUCAAGAACCAGCAGCACUUCCUACUCCGGAAGGACCCGCCGUCGCGUAUGGAGCCUACACUGUCCCUGUCGAUCUUAUCCUGUGUAACAUCAUAUCGCUCUGGGACGUCGAGGUGUUGUGAUGGACAAACUGAUCGAGCCUUUUCCUUGAUGAAUGGAUUCUUUUGCCGCGUGUUGCAUGUCGCCAGAGUUACGUAUCAUUCUCCCUGCUUGCUUGUGCCCGGCAUCAGGAGAUGAUAAAGUUUUUCUGCGUAAUUUUUCUUCAUGCUAGUCUUCGGACACUGAUUUUUAGUGCGUAGUACUAACGUUACACCGACCUAGUUGUCAAUGUGCGUAAAGAAACCUAAUAAAUAACAACAUGUUACGCAAUCUUUCCCCAGCUGCCAUAUUUGCAAUGCAUAAUACCACGACAACCACAACUUGCUGUUGGUGCUGGAGGCGCUGCUGCUGCUGCCGCCCAAGCACAGCAACUACAAAUUGUUCCAGUACCACAAGCGUCCCCUUUUGCCCAGCCGGCGGGACGCGGGACUACGCCUCCAGCUGGUGCUGGUGCUGCUGCUAUGCAUGGCAAAUAUGUCUGGGUCAGGAAGAUUCUACUUACAUUUGGCAUGCAUGUCUGACAUGACUCGAGAAUCUGUGAUGCAUAGGGGCAUCGGAAAAGGCUCUCCUAGCUGUCAUGUAAAAACGUUGUUUCUCAUGCGGAAUCCGCAACACGUAGCAGCUCAAAAAUUUCUCAUGCUUGGCUGCGUAUAAUUGCAGUCCGGCUAUCAUCCACUUUUAGCAUUACCCAGACGUAUUUGCACUUAAUAGCUGCUGCUGCUGCUGCUCAGCAGCAACGACAACAACAGCCACCACCACCAGCUGCUCCACCAGUUCCGCCACCCAGCGCCACGCCCAAAAAAGCAAAAUCUUCUGGCGGUGGCCCAUGCGGGCCGGGUGGGGGAGGUGGCGGGUGCCGGUGAGGAGAAGCGACAAGUUGUGUCUACUAUUGCAACCGGGCGGGCAGGAGCUGCGGACGAGGAGGGACUACACUUCUAUUGCUCAAAAACUGGCGGGUGCGCCGAUGAGGAGAAGGUAUUGUUAGCAACUAAUAUAGUGCCAAAAGCAAAGUAACAAAACUAAAAGUCCAGCAAAUCCGGUAGCCGUGGUGCUAAUGUUGUUUCAACCAGUACCCCCAGUAGAGCGCUUGAAAGUGAAUCUGAAAGGAUCAGGAUGAAAAUUCAGUAUGGGGAUUCGCGUCGGUUGAGUCGGUAAAUGUGCACCUUGCUUCCGACGUAGGGGAUCUUUUAUCUUCAUGCAUUUGAGAUGAUCGCGGAUAUGUGUGCCAUCUGGUCGCGAGGCUAACUAUCGGGAUUGCGGAUCGAGGAGCAUCAUUUCCAUUCUGAUUUCACCACCUACAGGCACACUCAUGCAACGAACUACGUGCGCAGAUGAGGCGCAGAUGAGGAGAACAAGCUAGCCGCAGCUAGUACGCUUUUGCAACUCGGUGUGCAGAUCAUGAGGAGUCACAAAGUGCACCCUUUCAACUAGUCACGGGACGGGGGCGGAGUCCUCUGUGACGAAAAUUCUUUUUUGACGACAAAGCAUUACCUAAUUCUUGUUACACAUUUUCGAGUAGAAAAAGAAUACCGUAACGCCAUUGGCUUAUUUCAUUUUCGCAUUCAUUUUCAUUCGCUUUUAAUUUCUAACUUUAACAUCACACUGCUUUUGGUUUUUGAUUUUACACAUUCAUAACUCUCUCUGAAACUGUAUCUAUGGGUACGGCGAACAUCCAAGCACUAUUCAACUACAAGUACAACAUUUUAUUUCUGCACCACAACCACUCAGUUGUUUCACCCAAUUCCAAUCGUAUUCGUAUCAGAUUAUUUAAAGACGGCGCUCUCGCUCUCUAUCGUAAUGUUAUCAUUUUUCAUUUUCUUAUUUGAGAUUGUCGCAGCUAAAAUUUGUUUCAAACCAUUUUCUGUUGCGAAACUACUACUAUGUUGACAUUUACAUGACAGAGGUUGAAAUUGAACAUUAAGGACCGGCAUACAACAAGUUUUCAAUCUCCUUUUCUAAAUCUUUUCGUAGACGAUGCAUUCCAUCUUUCGUCGUCCGUUUUUUCUUCGUGUAUCUCCUCUACAAGACGAAACGCAAACGAGUGUCAAUGUAUAGUGAUUGGACAGGAGGGAGCAGUAUGGAAAAUUGAGGAGCCCGACUACGUUGCUUUGACGAGAGCCAUACAUUGAAAACGGUAGGCGGUAUAAAGCUCUCUUCGGAUCGAUCAUGUUGAAAUGCCUCGGCCGAUAACCUCAAGAUCAUACGUCCUAGAGGCCAGUAGAGUUCUUUGGCUCCUUCGAUGAACAACAAGAAGAAAGUUGUUCACUCGAUGGAAAGCGAG